CAGCACUCUCUCCCCACAGGCAUUGGACAAUGAACCUGUCCUGCCUGAAGGAUGCUUAAGUGCAAGAAGGAUUCCAGCUAACAUUGGUUUUCCAGUUGGGAGGAGACUACAACUUCUGUGAGCUCUUGCCCCUGACAGCAGUGCUUGAGGUCUCCUAGUGAUAUCGCUUUUGCUUUUCACCCAAGCACUGUACCUCGGUCUACCUGCUCCUGCCUGAGAGACUCUUUGGUUCCACUCCAUCAGGGAAGAAAUAAACUCGCAAAAAUGGGAAAGAAAAGAGCCGACGUUUACUCCGUCGAGGUCUGUGGGCCAUCGGAUUUGGAAAAGAUAGACGAGGGGGACGAAAGGUACAAAGACCUGAAGGGUAACAAGGGAAAACCCAAGAAGAAAGAUGAACUUAAGAAAGAACUGGAGCUGGAUGACCACAGACUCAGUGUUGAAGAGCUGGAGGAAAAGUAUGGCACAAGCAUCACCAAAGGUCUCUCCAGCGCAAGAGCGGCAGAGAUUCUGGCUCGAGAUGGUCCCAACGCUCUCACUCCUCCUAAAGCCACUCCUGAAAUCGUCAAGUUCCUUAAGCAGAUGGUGGGAGGGUUUUCCAUCCUCUUGUGGGUGGGAGCCCUCUUCUCCUGGGUUUCCUUUGGGAUUCAGCUUGCACAGGGUGUUGAUUCAGCAUUUGACAAUCUCUACCUUGGUGUGGUCCUUGCACUGGUUGUCGUUCUUACCGGCAUCUUUGCUUACUACCAAGAGGCUAAAAGUACCAACAUCAUGGCCAGCUUCAGCAAAAUGAUUCCACAGCAAGCUCUUGUCAUCCGAGACGCUGAGAAAAAGGAGGUUUCAGCAGAACAGCUGGUGGUGGGGGACAUUGUGGAGGUAAAAGGUGGAGAUCGGAUCCCAGCAGACAUCCGGCUGAUCUUUGCUCAGGGCUGUAAGGUAGAUAAUUCUUCACUCACGGGGGAAUCGGAACCGCAGUCCCGCUCCUGUGACUUCACCCAUGAAAAUCCCCUGGAGACUAAGAACAUUGCAUUUUACUCUACCACGUGCCUGGAAGGCACUGCCACUGGCAUCGUCAUCAACACUGGAGACUCUACUGUCAUUGGGCGCAUUGCCUCGUUAGCAUCUGGAGUAGGAAAUGAGAAGACACCUAUUGCUAUUGAGAUACAACACUUCGUCUACAUGGUGGCAGGAGUGGCUAUUUCUAUUGGGGUUCUCUUCUUCAUCAUUUCUGUCUCCAUGCGAUACAAGAUUUUGGAUUCCAUCAUCUUUCUUAUUGGCAUUAUUGUGGCCAACGUGCCCGAGGGACUGCUGGCCACCGUGACUGUGAGCUUGUCCCUGACAGCAAAGAGGAUGGCAAAGAAGAACUGCUUGGUGAAGAACUUAGAGGCUGUAGAAACCCUGGGCUCCACCUCCAUCAUCUGUUCUGACAAAACAGGGACCCUCACGCAGAACAGGAUGACUGUAGCUCACCUUUGGUUCGACAAUCAUAUCUUCCAAGCUGAUACCAGUGAAAAUCAAACAACCCAGACCUUUGAUCAAAGCUCUCAGACCUGGGCAGCGCUAUCCAAAAUUGUAACACUUUGCAACCGGGCUGAAUUCAGACCAGGCCAGGAAAACGUUCCAAUCAUGAAGAGAAUCGUGGGGGGAGAUGCCUCUGAAACAGCCCUGCUGAAAUUUUCUGAAGUCAUUUUGGGUGACGUAAUGGACGUUAGAUCACGGAACAAAAAAGUGACUGAAAUUCCUUUUAACUCAACUAACAAAUACCAGCUAUCCAUUCAUGAAACUGAGGACCCCAAUGACAAACGCUUCCUGCUGGUGAUGAAAGGAGCCCCUGAGCGGAUCUUGGAGAGGUGUAGCACCAUCAUGAUCAAUGGCAAAGAAGAGCCACUGGAUUCGGAGAAGGCAGAAGCUUUCCAGACAGCAUAUAUGGAACUGGGAGGCCUGGGGGAGAGAGUGCUGGGUUUCUGCCAUUUGUACCUGCCCGAGGAUGAGUUUCCAGACACCUACCCAUUCGAUACAGACUCCAUGAACUUCCCCACCUCCAACCUCUGCUUCGUGGGGCUGUUAUCUAUGAUCGACCCCCCUCGCUCCACCGUGCCAGAUGCCGUCUGCAAGUGCCGCAGUGCUGGGAUCAAGGUUAUCAUGGUCACAGGGGACCACCCGAUCACAGCAAAAGCAAUUGCCAAAAGUGUAGGCAUCAUUUCAGCCACCAGCGAGACAGUGGAAGAUAUAGCCAAGCGCCUCAAUGUCCCAGUUGAGCAUGUGAAUAGACGGGAUGCCACAGCUGCAGUCGUUAAUGGGAUGGAGCUUAAGGACAUGACCUUGGAGCAGCUGGAUGAGAUCCUGAACAACCACUCAGAAAUUGUCUUUGCUCGCACUUCACCCCAGCAAAAACUGAUCAUAGUGGAAGGCUGCCAGAGACAGAAUGCUGUUGUUGCAGUGACGGGGGAUGGAGUCAAUGACUCGCCGGCGCUGAAAAAGGCAGAUAUUGGAAUCGCCAUGGGUAUUGCUGGCUCCGACGCAGCUAAAAACGCAGCUGACAUGAUCCUGCUGGAUGAUAACUUUGCUUCUAUUGUCACAGGAGUAGAGGAAGGCCGUUUGAUCUUUGACAACUUAAAGAAAACGAUUGCCUACACACUGACCAAGAAUAUUGCUGAGCUCUGCCCCUUCCUCAUCUACAUCAUAGCCAGCGUCCCACUGCCCAUUGGCACCAUCACUAUCCUGUUCAUUGACCUGGGCACGGACAUCAUCCCCUCUGUUGCAUUAGCCUACGAAAAAGCCGAAAGCGACAUUAUGAACAGGAGACCCCGGAACAAGAAGAAGGACAGGCUGGUAAACCAGCAGCUUGCCGUGUACUCCUACCUGCAGAUCGGUAUUAUUCAGUCCAUUGGAGCCUUCCUGACCUAUUUUACCGUGUAUGCUGAACAGGGCUUCCUCCCUAACACAUUGCUCGGAGUGCGUGUCAACUGGGAAAACAAUUACAUCAAUGAUUUUGAGGACAGCUAUGGGCAAGAAUGGACUAAGUACCAGCGGACAUACCUUCAAUGGAGCGGCUACACCGCCUUUUUUGUCAGCAUCACAAUUGAGCAAGUGGCCGAUUUGAUCAUCAGAAAAACCCGAAGGAACUCCAUUUUCCAGCAGGGUCUUUUCAGGAAUAAAGUUAUCUGGGUGGGUAUAUUCUCCCAGAUAGCAAUUGCUCUGAUCCUCUGUUAUGGGCUUGGAAGUGUUACUGCCUUGAACUUCACACCUCUCCGGGUUCAGUACUGGUUUGUGGCCGUGCCUUACGCUAUCUUGAUAUGGGUCUAUGAUGAAUUCCGCAAGUUGCUCAUCAGGAGAUACCCAGGAAGCUGGUGGGACAAGAACAUGUAUUAUUGAGAUGGUUUUCCAUGCUGGAUGGGCUCCGGCAGUGUCUCAACUGGCCUCUGCUGCUGAAAGGUCCUGUGUGUGCAGUACCAAGUAACUAUGGGCUUCUUCGACUGAUGAAGAAACAAGGACUCUAGAGGCUGAAAACCAUCUCUCGCUGAACUGUAAAACCGAGACUUGGCUGAAAACUUAAAAGCAUUCUCUGUUUUUUAAUACAUAGAUCUUUUUCCUGUUCAAGAGCAUAAAGAUCAAUGCAAAAAGGAGGGGGGUGGGGGGGCACCUCUUGUACAUAUCUCAAGGAAACCACACAUUUGUAAAAAUAAUGUAAGGCAAUGAAUUGCACUAGGUUUGUUCAAACUUUUUUUGUUAUUAUAUUUGUUGUCGUUUUGGUGCAAUCGAAUUGUGUGCGAAUGUGUAUGCAGAUCUGUGCUAUGUCACCAAAGAUAACUAGGCUGUAUAGGCACAAUUUGAUAAUAAAAGGACUUUUCCCAAAAGAAA